AUGCCGCGCACACUGCAACGGUUCAGAGGCGGACCGAAUGAAGAGCGGAUCGAAUUCAUGGAGCGCCAUGCGGUUCUGGCUUCUCAGGGUUUGGGGGUGACCUUGGAGCAAGUAUCGAUUUUCCUGGAGACAAUACUACGACAAUCCUGCGACGCCAGCUGCGUACAGGCAAUUCUCGAUGCUAUUAUCGACCUCGCCAUCCCCGUGACUUUAGCCUACCAGGACGCAAUUGGAGACCUGGAGGUUGCGGUUCUGACUGACCCAGUAUAG